UCCAUUGCUGAGAUGUCUUCUUCAUUCCUCUCCAUCUCUCACUUUGCUUCUUCUCUCUCUUCUCACUCUGUAUUUAUUUAUCUUCUUCUAUUCCCAUUUCCAUUCCACCAUAACUCAAUCCCUCCAUUCUUCUUCUAAACCUUCUCCUUCUUCUCCUUCUAUUCCCAUUUCCAGUCCACCAUAACUCAAUCCCUCCAUUCUUCAACAAAAAAUGGGCAGUAUCGAAGCUGACAGAACUGUUACAGGCUUCGCCGCGAAAGACCCAUCUGGGAUUCUCUCUCCUUACACUUACACUCUCAGAAACACCGGCCCCCAAGAUGUUUUCAUCAAAGUCAUUUGCUGUGGAAUCUGUCACUCUGAUCUUCACCAAAUCAAGAAUGAACUCGGCAUGUCCAAUUACCCCAUGGUUCCUGGACACGAAGUGGUCGGAGAAGUUGUGGAGAUUGGAUCGGAAGUGGAUCGAUUCAGUGUUGGGGAGUUAGUCGGAGUUGGGUGUAUUCUUGGAUCUUGUGCGAGUUGUAAUCCUUGUAUUUCCGAUAAGGAGCAGUACUGUCACAAGAGAAUCUGGACCUAUAACGAUGUCUAUCACGACGGCCGCCCUACCCAAGGCGGCUUCUCCUCCGCCAUGGUCGUCCACCAAAAGUUUGUUGUGAGAAUCCCAGAAGGGAUGUCGCCGGAGCAGGCGGCGCCGCUGCUAUGCGCGGGAGUGACGGUGUACAGCCCGUUGAGUCACUUUGGACUGAAACAAAGUGGGCUAAGAGGCGGAAUUUUGGGGCUGGGAGGCGUUGGGCAUAUGGGUGUGAAAGUGGCGAAGGCUUUGGGCCAUCACGUGACGGUGAUAAGCUCGUCGGAGAAGAAGAGGGAGGAGGCUCUGGAACAUCUCGGUGCCGACGAGUACUUGGUCAGCUCCAACAAGGCUCAAAUGGAACGAGCCAUUGACUCGCUCGAUUACAUUAUCGACACCAUCCCUGUUUCUCAUCCACUCGAACCUUAUCUCUCACUGCUGAAACUCGACGGCAAAUUGAUCUUGAUGGGUGUCAUUAAUACCCCAUUGCAAUUCGUUUCCCCUCUCCUCAUGCUCGGAAGGAAGACGAUUACAGGGAGCUUCAUCGGAAGCAUGACAGAAACACAAGAAGUAUUGGAUUUCUUCAAAGAGAAGGAGCUGACCUCCAUGAUUGAAGUGAUAAAGCUUGAUUACAUAAACAAGGCUUUCGAGAGGUUGGAGAAGAAUGAUGUUAGAUACAGGUUUGUCGUCGACGUUGCCGGAAGUAAGCUACCUCAGUGAAGGUGAUCGGCGCCGGAGAACGUCGAGGGAAAAGAUAGCGGAGUUAUUACGUAAUUUGGGUGGUUGAUGGAAUUAUAAAUGCUCUGUACUAUGAAACUUGGAUAAACAUGUUGGGUUUGUUUGGUUUUUGUUGAUAAUAAUUGAAAAUGUUUAAAGAGGUCGAAGAUUAUGAGGUUUGUGAUUGUUGAGAACGACAAUGUUGUUGAAAUGAAAACAAUAGAGUUAUCAACGGAGUUGUGUGGACUCUAUAUUGGGGAUGAAUGAAUGGAAUCUCUAAUUUCAAAGUUGA